AUGGUCAACGGCUCUUUGGAUAAACAAUUGUUUAAAGCGAAUACAGGAGCUGUUCUAGGGUUUGAGCAGCUCUACGAGAUUGCUCUGGGAACUGCAAGAGGAAUCGCUUAUUUGCAUGAAGAUUGUCUUCAAAGAAUCAUUCAUUACGAUAUCAAACCAGGCAACAUACUUUUGGAUUCAAAGUUUUGUGCAAAAGUGGCGGAUUUCGGUUUAGCUAAACUCUGUAACAGGGAUAACACUCAUAUAACGAUGACCGGAGGACGUGGUACUCCGGGAUACGCCGCCCCCGAGCUCUGGCUAGCUCUUCCAGUUACACACAAAUGUGAUGUUUAUAGUUUUGGUAUGCUACUUUUUGAGAUCAUCGGAAGGAGGAGGAACAUGGACGAGCGUCUUGGUGAUAGUCAAGAGUGGUUUCCGAUAUGGGUGUGGCGGAAAUACGAAAAGAAAGAGUUGAAGGAUUUGAUGAGUGUUUGUGGGAUCGAGGAGAAGAAUCAUGAAGCUGUUGAGAGGAUACUUAAGGUAGCUUUUUGUUGCGUUCAGUAUAAGCCGGAGACUAGGCCAGGGAUGAGCAUCGUUGUGAAGAUGUUAGAAGGUGCGUUACUGGUGCCGGAGACUGUAAAUCCGUUUUCACAUUUAUUUUCUGGUGUUGAUGAAGCUGAUACUUCUUUGGCUCGGUUGGCGUGGAAUGAUGGUGGCUCUGAUUGGUCUUCGUCUCAUGUUAACACCAAGUCUAUUGCAGUUGGAGAGACACCUCUGAUGAGGAGAUAUGAGAUCACAAUGGCUUCGGUGUAA